UCCAUUCAUCCAUCCGGUACGUGUGGUGUUGCCGGUGUUGCCACAUGGAUGUUGCCGUGGCGUUGUUUACAAACUUCUUUCUGUUGGUGAAAAAGCGGUGGAAAGCAUUCACAAAGUCAUGCAUCUCGUCGUUUUCGCUGCACUUUUAAGUGCGGUGUUGUCUUCGUCAGUGCUAGUCUCUCUCACAGUGCAUCAUGUUCAACCGACGCCUUAUAUGGACGAAAUCUUUCACGUUCCGCAAGCGCAGAAUUAUUGCGCUUUCAACGUGUCUCACUGGGAUCCGAUGAUCACUACACCUCCGGGACUCUACCUGACAUCGGUGCUGUUCCUGCUUCCCUUCGGGCUGGUUAUGAACUCUGAAGUGUGCACGCUGUUUGUGUUGCGCUGCUGCAACAUCGUUUUGACACUUGGAAACUUCUACGUUUUGUCGUUGAUCUCGAUCAAGCUCGCGGGUGCCGCCGGAAGCAAAGCCCGCACGAAGCUCGUCGUGUCGAGCUCCGCGAUGUCUCUGCUGCCGGUGCUACAUUUCUUCACAUUUCUCUACUACACCGACCCGGGAUCAGUAUUCUUCCUGCAGCUCAUGUACCUGUACUCCCUAUUCGACCGUCACCACCUCGCUGCGUGCUUCGGAGCCGUAGCUGUGCUCUAUCGACAAACCUCCGUAGUUUGGGUAUUCAUGGUCGCCGCCUGCAAAACCUUGGAAAUCGCCGAAAGUACAAUUUCUGCGAGCGACAACAAAUUAGAAGGUUUUUCGAGCGCUGUCGCUAGAAUCGCCGCUGAGCCAAUGAAACAAGCGCGGCUGUUUUCUCACUUUGUGAUGCGCGUGUUGAACGAGUGCUUGGGUUACGUUGUUGUCGGGCUGUCCUUUGUGGCGUUCGUGCUUCUCAACGGCAGCAUCGUUCUGGGCGACAAAUCUUCGCAUCAGGCGUGCGCGCAUUUUCCGCAGCUCGGUUACUUCGCACUUUUCACGCUGUUCCACGCUGCACCUCAUUUGGUGCUCCCCAGCAUUUUGAGAGGCUUCUGCCAAAGUGUUCUCCGGAGGCCAUUCUUGUACGCCGCUGUUACUUUAGCUUGCGUUCUCUCUGUGCAAAAUUUUACCUACGUUCACCCUUAUCUCCUUGCUGACAACAGGCACUUUCCCUUUUACAUUUGGAGGCGGCUGUUAGGCAGGAGCGAGCUUGUCCGAUGCUGUCUUGUGCCGUGUUACAUCUACGCAGGCUACGCCAUGUUACACCGGCUGCAACAUAAAAAACCGCUAUGGCAACUUCUGUUCUUCUUGUGCGUCGUCGCCGCUACAGUGCCCCAGAAAUUGCUGGAGUUUCGUUACUUUGUUGUACCGUAUCUGUUCUUUCGGCUGCAGUUAAAAGAUGUCAAGUAUUGGCAAGUGCUUCUGGAACUUUUUGCCAAUAUUUUGCUAAAUGUUGUCGUGAUGUGGCUGUUUCUAAACCGUACGUUCGCGUGGACAGGUGACCCGGCCCUUCAGAGGUUCAUGUGGUAAUUCUCCACUUUUGUACUUAAACUAAGUGUUCUUACUUUUGCCAAAAAAAAAAAAAACUGAUCUCGCCACCUGUGAGCACUUGUCUGCAGGUAAUCCCGAGCGAUUGUGAACCACUAUAGGGUGUAAGAAUGUUCAUGAGUGUCUAGUGCAGUGUCUGGUCACAGUACAUGCACAGGCCAUAAAUAAAAUUGAACUAAGCCCUUAUUAAUGUGGAGCAUUUCUUGCGAACUUCAGUCUCUGUGUGUGUGUCAAUCUACCUAUCUAUCUAGCCUUCUACGCCGGUGUGGCUGGUGGUGCCUACAAACUUGAGCUGAUGGGUGUAUGCUCACGUUCGCGGUGCCAGCGUCGUCGUGGCGUCUUCGUCAUUUGAGCUCCAUCAACUGAUUCACACCUAUGAUUCUCAUGCGCCAAGCCAGAUGGCAUGUGUUUGAAGAUCGGGCAGUGUUGGCUACGGUACACCGGAUGGUAGUCGCCUCUUUGCGAACAGUGACACAAAGCAAGUGACCCACCCGUGCACGCCAACAAGCUCCUGAUGCUCACAAAGAAGCUCCCCGGAAGACCGCAGCUUCGUCAAGAAAUGCGUCGGCUCAGACAUUGUGUUGCUCAGAAGUUUACUUGAGCAGCUCGAGGAUGGUGUACUACUGGGGUACUACUUGGCACCCAGAAAGGGAACAUGUUCACAAUCAUCGAGCAGCUAGGCAAGCCCACAUUCUUUCUGAUCCCCAGUAUGUCUGAGCUCCACAAUGAGUGCCUGCUCAUAGUCAUUGAGAGAGUCAAAGAGCCGGUUGAGGCGUGCCACCGUAGAGUCGAUGUCAUAGCUAGCUACCUCCAAAAUGCUUUGCAUAACUUCGAUUCCAACCGUAUGUGGGAUCUGCAUAAUUCUUUUUGUUAUGUGCUAUUUUGCUUCUCGUAUUCAGCCUCAAGUUGGCAGAUUGUGGAGGCUGUCUAUGAAUGAGAGGGAAAAAAAAUACAUGCACCUAUGAAAACUGCCCUGCUCAAGAAAGUGAUCAAUUACUUUUCCUCUUAGGCAAUGCACACCUUAAAUAAGAGCAUGCUUAACCUCUUUCAUGCCGUCAAACGAGUUGAGUUCAUUUACAUGUCUCUAGCAAAAACACCCCAGGGCGAGCUCUGCUCAUUGAUGAUACUUAUUCUCUAGCAAUGCCAGGGUUGAGCUGUUUUUGUCUCGGUGACUUGACAUGCUUCUGGUAGAUGGCAUCACACAAUCCAUGGGGCAGCACAAGUACGAUUGAGUUUAAUUUUCUAAGGGAAGUUUAACCCUUUUAAGUCAGUCAGUCAGUCAGUGUUUUAUUUCCACCAAGCAAAAACAUCUGUGAAAAAGGGGAAACGGCGAAAAAGCUGUGGGUACUGCAGCUUGACUAAGCACCGUCCACCCUGUAGGAGCAAUGACAGGGUAAAUAUACAGCAAAAAGAGAAUUAUACAAGCAAUAAGUGAAUAAUUAAAGUGCCAGGGUAAAUACACAAGCGAAAGCAAAUAGUUAUUAUACACCAGUACGAGAAAUAGUACAUAUAGGAUAAUUUUUGCACAUAAUAAAGCAAGAGACGACAAAUUGACAUCGAACUUCUUUGCUUAGUGAAAACAAUGAUACAAAGCAAUACAAUUUAAGGAAUGCGCAGUUACAAAAACAAGCUAACUACAUUGGUGGGGUUUAGUGUAUUGAUUUCAAAGUCUUGCUGCUCAUAUGCGUUAAGAGUGCUUGGUAAUGUGUCGCAAAGCCUUUGCGUUCCGUAAAUAGUGCGUGAGAAUGAAGAUUUCCAGGGGGUUUAUGCCGAUGGAGGUAAAUACUUUCGAGUAGGUUCAAGAUUUGCAAGUGUGAGAAAUGUGUCCAGCUUCCCGUGAGUAGUGCCAUGCCUGGGUAACUCGGCUGGUUGCCUAUGUACCCAUCAGGUUGUGUCACAGUAUUAAAGCUGCAGCAUAAUUCCCGCUCACUCUAAAUUUCCUGAGAUAAUUUGCAGAUGUGAAAAACCUGUAUAAUGUGCUCACUAUCCACACAGAAGUUUGUUAGAUUCAUAACUAUAAUGUCGAAAAUUUUCUGUAAAGUUCAUGUAUUUGGGCUCUACGAAUGUUGCAUCGUUUUACAGAACAACUUGUCAUUCAUUAACUUGCAAAUGUGUAAGUAAACUUUUGUUGAACGUAUUGUCCGCACCACCACCGGAAAAAUGUCACGAAGUUAACAAGCGAGGCCUUGGCAAAACUGUGUUCUCGAAUCCGGCAACAUUAAUGCCUUCAGGUAGCAUGUGCAAGUUUAUUUAACAGUUGCCUUCACCCAGAAAGAUCACGUACUAGUGACGCCUGCGGCAGAAAGGAUGUUCCACAUCCGCCGCCAAGGUCUGUGAGUGGUGGCGCUGGCUAACACUCCCAAGGUUAGGUUUUGUAGUAGCACAUAAAUACCCAAGAUAGUUAAUGGGGAAACCGCGCCAUGGUAGCUCAAUUGGUAGAGCAUUGCACACAUAAUGCAAAGACGUGGGAUCAUUCUCCACCUGCGGCAACUUGUUUUUUUCGUCCACUUUCAUUGCCAUUAAUUUAUUAUUUCUUUAAUUCAAUUAAUAAGUAAAAGUUAUUUCUCUUAUGUUUUCCUUUGUAUCUUUGUUGGCUUUUUAUGAUAUGAUUAAUAAAAAUCGGGCCCUUCGGUUAA